AUGCCCAGCUCUCCGCCACCGCUUUCGAGCUCCAAAUCUUCAAAGUCUGCAUCUUUUCCGUCUUCGUAUUCAUCGGACGAUUUAUCGACUAUCAAAUAUGUGGGAAAUUUCGAGGAUAUCGCCUUGGAUGAUGAGAGCCCUACAGAUAAUGAAUUUCGGGAGCACUCCAUCAAGAUCGCAUCUGAACACAACUCAGGCUUCCAAAGCGAUGUGCGUAUAAUCUCUCGAGACUCGUUCCUUUCAAUCAAAAAUACAGGUCGGAGACGUACAUCCAAAGAAACUAAAUCGGGAAAAAAGAUCUCCGCUCACCUCUCUCCUGCAAAUGCAAUCGGCAUCGGCACAAAGGAAUCGGGAUCAAGUUUCUUUUCGUUACAGACAGGAAAUAGUUAUGUGGCCAAUCCAGGGCCUGCCGAAUUCCCAUUCCGACGCAACCGGAGUGUGAGUCCUACAGUCCCCCUCGGCCAGAAACUUCCUUCCAUCCUCGCCCCCCACCCUAGGCGUUUCACGUGGCAGGUGAACAAGGAAAGGAAAACGGCUGAGGAACUAGAGAGGGAAUGUGACGAGAAUGACGGGGGUGACGUACCCGAUGAAUGUUUCUUGGAGAAUGUCCCCAUAUCACCGCAAUUACUAUCGCGGCAGAAUUUAAACAUCAAAAUAUUGUCAACAAGUCCUGAACAACGAAAUAAGGGCAAAGUAAAACCCCUUGGUAAUGGGACCUCUCCCCAACCUGCUGAGCAGGGGGAGCUUCGCUCACCAAGACUUGGAGUCUCUCGCGGGCUUAAUUUAUUACCUCCGACUAACUUGGAUAACUUCAAGCUAAGGACGAAAAGUUGGUCUGCUGCGAUGUCGGACUUGAAUCAAGAGGCGAAGCAGCUGACCGAAGCCCUGGCGGAACAUCAAAGAGAAGUCGGCUCUCAAGACCAUUUACCAAAGAAAAUUGAAGCAAAGCCUACCCUUGCCGAGCUACCUCCACUACGAAAAACUGAUAUAAUGAUUGACCCUCUACCAAUAUCCAGAGAAAAAGAAGCAGUGUUAUCAAGGACACGUCCAUCCUGGCUUCCUCCCAAGGAUCCCGCUGAAGAGAAGCGACACCUAAAGGAGUAUCAAAAAAUGAUGAACUGCUCCUUAGAGGCAGAUCGAAGGAAGGAAGCACUAAGGCGAGAGAAAUUGGCAUGUCGUGACGCCAACGCGAAAUCACUUUCGCGAACUUGGGAAGACCAUGUCCUUCCUAAUUGGGAGACGGCCAUACGCCAAAAGCACACACGGGAGCUUUGGUGGAAAGGUAUUAGCCCAAGAAGCCGGGGAAGUGUAUGGAUGAAGGCGAUUGGUAACGAUCUAAAAUUAUCGGAUACAUCCUUUACUGCGGCCCUUGGCCGAGCUCAAGCUUUGCUAAAGGCUAUUGAGAGUGGAGAGCGACUCACUCCUGAAGAGGAGGAAAAAAAGCUUGGGCUGGAUAUGAUCGAAAUUGACGUUAAGAAUACCUUUUGCGAGCUUAAGAUAUUUCAAUCAAACGGACCACUCCAUAAAUCUCUAAUUGAAAUCCUUAGAGCUUAUAUCAUGUAUCGAAGUGACGUAGGCUACGUUUACGGGACUAGCGCCAGCGCAGCACUUCUUCUUCUAAACCUUCCAACGCCUUUGGAUGCCUUCAUUACUCUUUCAAAUCUGCUCAAUCGACCUCUUUCCCUUUCUUUUCACAUGAGUGAUACGGCCGCUACCAAGCGAGCGUGCACUCUCUUAUUUUCUAUCCUCAUGCAGAAGGCACCAAGAUUAUACACCCACCUAACUUCACCGACUGUUAAAUUUACCCCUGAAUUCGUAUUUCGUGGCUUAUUUACCAGUAUGGGAACAGCAUACCUGAGUGUUGACAAUGCAGCGAGGUUGUGGGAUAUUAUGGUUUUUGAAGGGGAUGCUAUUAUACUUCGUGCCACAGCGGCAUACCUUAUAAAUAUUGAGGCGCAACUCUUCAGUGUGGAUACAACUGAACAAAUUCUGGAGUUAUUUAUGAGAAACCCUUUGGUUAUUGAUGAGGAUAAAUGGCUCAAUUCUUUGAAGUCGGUUAGCAAGGCUUGA